CUCGUUCUUAACCUCCAGCUCGACCAGUUGAUUUCUUAACCUCCAGCUGGGAGUUGCAAGACCGUUUGUUUGCCCUUGACCAUCAUGACCCUCGUCCGCUCGGCCUUGACUGUCCGUCGCGCCUUGCAAGCCGGCGCUGGUGCUGCUUGCAGCGCCGCCAAACCCGUUGCAGCUUGCCGUCACGCCUGGACUGCUGCCGGUAACUCGUCUCAAGCCCGACGAGAAGAGGAAAACCUGGUUCCGGCCUUCAGCUUCGUUCCCGAGUCGCCCUCAUACUUUACCACCAAGAGCAAAUACAACGACACACUGAUCCACCUCGAGAAUAUCCUCCGGAAGUACGAGAAUUUACCUACUCUUCCGGCAGGUGAGAUCCCAGCCGUGCUAUGGACGAAAUUGGAUCAGUUCAAAUCACUUCUUGGAGACUACCGAAUCAAACCUGUUGAGUUUCGCAGGGCGAUUCUCGUCUUGAACAGGUUGCACGCCAUCAAACCUGAUUACAUGACCGACGAAAUCAAGGCUGUUCUUGCGUGGUACAAGCGUGAGGAGGUCACCAAGACGGUUGUUGAGAAGAAGGAGCGUACUGUGGAUGAAUAUGGAAGGGCUUAUGCUCUCGGAAAACGCAAGGAAGCUGUCGCCAAAGUAUGGGUGGUGGAGGGGGAAGGUAACAUCAUGGUGAACGGCAAGCCACUGGCAGAUAUGUUUGUCAAACAAGCGGAUCGGGAAAGCGUGGUUUUUCCUCUGAUGGUAACGAACCGAUUGCCCCACUACAAUGUCUGGGCUGUGGUUAAGGGUGGUGGUACAACGGGACAAGCUGAGGCUAUCCAGCUGGGGGUCUCUCGUGCGCUGAUGAUCCAUGAUAUCGAGUUGAAACCUGUGCUACGAAAGGCUGGAUUGGUUACCCGUGACCCGAGAGUGGUGGAGAGGAAGAAGCCCGGUCACAAGAAGGCCAGAAAGAUGCCAACCUGGGUCAAGCGUUGAUCUAGAAUUGUAUUUGAAGAUAAUAAAAAGCGUCUUUCUCC